CCAGGAGGUGCUGGAGGAUUGUACGGACCUGGAGGUGCUGGAGGAUUGUACGGUCCUGGAGGAUUGUACGGUCCUGGAGGAUUAUACGGACCUGGAGGAGCUGGUGCACCUGGAGUUCCCGGAGCGCCAGGAGCUCCGGGUAGAGCAGAAGGUAUCGGAGGUAUAUCCGGAGCUAGUGGUGUCGGACCUGGUGGAGUCUCUGGAGGUGCUGGCGGAGGAGGUGUAUCAGUUACAGAAUCAGUUACUGUUGGUGGAGCCGGAGGAGCAGGAGCAGGAGCUGGUGGAAUCGGUGGACCAUCAGGUCUGGGAGGAGCCGGAGCAACUGGUGGAUUCGGUGGUGCUGGAGGACCUGGUGGACCUGGAGGACCCGGUGGACCAGGAGGAUUUGGUGGUGUAGGCGGAGGAGCAGGAGCCGGUGGUGUCGGACCUGGCGGAAUCUCUGGAGGUGCUGGCGGUGCUGGCGGAUCAGGUGUAACAGUUGUAGAGUCAGUUACUGUUGGUGGAGCCGGAGGACCAGGAGCUGGUGGUGUCGGUCCAGGAGGUGUCGGAUCUGGAGGAGUUGGACCGGGAGGUAUUUACGGACCAGGAGGAGCUGGAGGACUCUACGGACCGGGUGCAGGUGGAGCCUUCGGAGCAGGAGGAGGAGCUGGUGCACCAGGAGGACCUGGAGGUCCAGGUGGACCAGGCGGCCCUGGAGGUCCAGGUGGAUUUGGCGGAGGAACAGGAAUCGGCGGUGGUGUUGGACCAGGAGCUGGAGGUGCUGGACUGUCUGGAGGUGCUGGUGGAACAGGUCCGGUAUCUGUCUCUUCUACUGUAAGCGUCGGUGGUGCUGGCGGACCAGGCGCAGGUGGACCAGGAGCAGGUGGAGCAGGAGCUGGUGGUGUGGGAACUGGAGGAUUUGGAGGUCCAGGUGGAUUCGGUGGACCGGGCGGUCCUGGAGGAUCAGGCGGCCCAGGAGGAGCAGGCGGAGGCGCCGGCGGCGCUGGCGGAUUGUACGGACCUGGAGGUGCUGGAGGAUUGUACGGUCCUGGAGGAUUAUACGGACCUGGAGGAGCUGGUGCACCUGGAGUUCCCGGAGCGCCAGGAGCUCCGGGUAGAGCAGGCGGUAUCGGAGGUAUAUCCGGAGCUGGUGGUGUCGGGCCUGGUGGAGUCUCUGGAGGUGCUGGCGGAGGAGGUGUAUCAGUUACAGAAUCAGUUACUGUUGGUGGAGCCGGAGGAGCAGGAGCAGGAGCUGGUGGAAUCGGUGGACCAUCAGGUCUGGGAGGAGCCGGAGCAACUGGUGGAUUCGGUGGUGCUGGAGGACCUGGUGGACCUGGAGGACCCGGUGGACCAGGAGGAUUUGGAGGUGUAGGCGGAGGAGCAGGAGCCGGUGGUGUCGGACCUGGCGGAAUCUCUGGAGGUGCUGGCGGUGCUGGCGGAUCAGGUGUAACAGUUGUAGAGUCAGUUACUGUUGGUGGAGCCGGAGGACCAGGAGCUGGUGGUGUCGGUCCAGGAGGUGUCGGAUCUGGAGGAGUUGGACCGGGAGGUAUUUACGGACCAGGAGGAGCUAGAGGACUCUACGGACCGGAUGCAGGUGGAGCCUUCGGAGCAGGAGGAGGAGCUGGUGCACCAGGAGGACCUGGAGGUCCAGGUGGACCAGGCGGCCCUGGAGGUCCAGGUGAAUUUGGCGGAGGAGCAGGAAUCGGCGGUGGUGUUGGACCAGGAGCUGGAGGUGUUGGACCGUCUGGAGGUGCUGGUGGAACAGGUCCGGUAUCUGUCUCUUCUACUGUAAGUGUCGGUGGUGCUGGCGGACCAGGCGCAGGUGGAGCAGGAGCUGGUGGUGUGGGAACUGGAGGAUUUGGAGGUCCAGGUGGAUUCGGUGGACCGGGCGGUCCUGGAGGAUCAGGCGGCCCAGGAGGAGCAGGCGGAGGCGCCGGCGGCGCUGGCGGAUUGUACGGACCUGGAGGUGCUGGAGGAUUGUACGGUCCUGGAGGAUUAUACGGACCUGGAGGAGCUGGUGCACCUGGAGUUCCCGGAGCGCCAGGAGCUCCGGGUAGAGCAGGCGGUAUCGGAGGUAUAUCCGGAGCUGGUGGUGUCGGACCUGGUGGAGUCUCUGGAGGUGCUGGCGGAGGAGGUGUAUCAGUUACAGAAUCAGUUACUGUUGGUGGAGCCGGAGGAGCAGGAGCAGGAGCUGGUGGAAUCGGUGGACCAUCAGGUCUGGGAGGAGCCGGAGCAACUGGUGGAUUCGGUGGUGCUGGAGGACCUGGUGGACCUGGAGGACCCGGUGGACCAGGAGGAUUUGGAGGUGUAGGCGGAGGAGCAGGAGCCGGUGGUGUCGGACCUGGCGGAAUCUCUGGAGGUGCUGGCGGUGCUGGCGGAUCAGGUGUAACAGUUGUAGAGUCAGUUACUGUUGGUGGAGCCGGAGGACCAGGAGCUGGUGGUGUCGGUCCAGGAGGUGUCGGAUCUGGAGGAGUUGGACCGGGAGGUAUUUACGGACCAGGAGGAGCUGGAGGACUCUACGGACCGGAUGCAGGUGGAGCCUUCGGAGCAGGAGGAGGAGCUGGUGCACCAGGAGGACCUGGAGGUCCAGGUGGAUUUGGCGGAGGAGCAGGAAUCGGCGGUGGUGUUGGACCAGGAGCUGGGGGUGCUGGACCGUCUGGAGGUGCUGGUGGAACAGGUCCGGUAUCUGUCUCUUCUAUUGUAAGUGUCGGUGGUGCUGGCGGACCAGGCGCAGGUGGACCAGGAGCAGGUGGAGCAGGAGCUGGUGGUGUGGGAACUGGAGGAUUUGGAGGUCCAGGUGGAUUCGGUGGACCGGGCGGUCCUGGAGGACCAGGCGGCCCAGGAGGAGCAGGCGGACGCGCCGGCGGCGCUGGCGGAUUGUACGGACCUGGAGGUGCUGGAGGAUUGUACGGUCCUGGAGGACUAUACGGACCUGGAGGAGCUGGUGCACCUGGAGUUCCCGGAGCGCCAGGAGCUCCGGGUAGAGCAGGAGGUAUCGGAGGUAUAUCCGGAGCUGGUGGUGUCGGACCUGGUGGAGUCUCUGGAGGUGCUGGCGGAGGAGGUGUAUCAGUUACAGAAUCAGUUACUGUUGGUGGAGCCGGAGGAGCAGGAGCAGGAGCUGGUGGAAUCGGUGGACCAUCAGGUCUGGGAGGAGCCGGAGCAACUGGUGGAUUCGGUGGUGCUGGAGGACCUGGUGGACCUGGAGGACCCGGUGGACCAGGAGGAUUUGGAGGUGUAGGCGGAGGAGCAGGAGCCGGUGGUGUCGGACCUGGCGGAAUCUCUGGAGGUGCUGGCGGUGCUGGCGGAUCAGGUGUAACAGUUGUAGAGUCAGUUACUGUUGGUGGAGCCGGAGGACCAGGAGCUGGUUUUGUCGGUCCAGGAGGUGUCGGAUCUGGAGGAGUUGGACCGGGAGGUAUUUACGGACCAGGAGGAGCUGGAGGACUCUACGGACCGGGUGCAGGUGGAGCCUUCGGAGCAGGAGAAGGAGCUGGUGCACCAGGAGGACCUGGAGGUCCAGGUGGACCAGGCGGCCCUGGAGGUCCAGGUGGAUUUGGCGGAGGAGCAGGAAUCGGCGGUGGUGUUGGACCAGGAGCUGGAGGUGCUGGACCGUCUGGAGGUGCUGGUGGAACAGGUCCGGUAUCUGUCUCUUCUACUGUAAGUGUCGGUGGUGCUGGCGGACCAGGCGCAGGUGGAGCAGGAGCUGGUGGUGUGGGAACUGGAGGAUUUGGAGGUCUAGGUGGAUUCGGUGGACCGGGCGGUCCUGGAGGACCAGGCGGCCCAGGAGGAGCAGGCGGAGGCGCCGGCGGCGCUGGCGGAUUGUACGGACCUGGAGGUGCUGGAGGAUUGUACGGACCUGGAGGUGCUGGAGGAUUGUACGGUCCUGGAGGAUUAUAUGGACCUGGAGGAGCUGGUGCACCUGGAGUUCCCGGUGCGCCAGGAGCUCCGGGUAGAGCAGGAGGUAUCGGAGGUAUAUCCGGAGCUGGUGUUGUCGGACCUGGUGGAGUCUCUGGAGGUGCUGGCGGAGGAGGUGUAUCAGUUACAGAAUCAGUUACUGUUGGUGGAGCCGGAGGAGCAGGAGCAGGAACUGGUGGAAUCGGUGGACCAUCAGGUCUGGGAGGAGCCGGAGCAACUGGUGGAUUCGGUGGUGCUGGAGGACCUGGUGGACCUGGAGGACCCGGUGGACCAGGAGGAUUUGGAGGUGUAGGCGGAGGAGCAGGAGCCGGUGGUGUCGGACCUGGCGGAAUCUCUGGAGGUGCUGGCGGUGCUGGCGGAUCAGGUGUAACAGUUGUAGAGUCAGUUACUGUUGGUGGAGCCGGAGGACCAGGAGCUGGUGGUGUCGGUCCAGGAGGUGUCGGAUCUGGAGGAGUUGGAUCGGGAGGUAUUUACGGACCAGAAGGAGCUGGAGGACUCUACGGCCCGGGUGCAGGUGGAGCCUUCGGAGCAGGAGGAGGAGCUGGUGCACCAGGAGGACCUGGAGGUCAGGGUGGAUUUGGCGGAGGAGCAGGAAUCGGCGGUGGUGUUGGACCAGGAGCUGGGGGUGCUGGACCGUCUGGAGGUGCUGGUGGAACAGGUCCGGUAUCUGUCUCUUCUACUGUAAGUGUCGGUGGUGCUGGCGGACCAGGCGCAGGUGGAGCAGGAGCUGGUGGUGUGGGAACUGGAGGAUUUGGAGGUCUAGGUGGAUUCGGUGGACCGGGCGGUCCUGGAGGACCAGGCGGCCCAGGAGGAGCAGGCGGAGGCGCCGGCGGCGCUGGCGGAUUGUACGGACCUGGAGGUGCUGGAGGAUUGUACGGACCUGGAGGUGCUGGAGGAUUGUACGGUCCUGGAGGAUUAUAUGGACCUGGAGGAGCUGGUGCACCUGGAGUUCCCGGUGCGCCAGGAGCUCCGGGUAGAGCAGGAGGUAUCGGAGGUAUAUCCGGAGCUGGUGUUGUCGGACCUGGUGGAGUCUCUGGAGGUGCUGGCGGAGGAGGUGUAUCAGUUACAGAAUCAGUUACUGUUGGUGGAGCCGGAGGAGCAGGAGCAGGAACUGGUGGAAUCGGUGGACCAUCAGGUCUGGGAGGAGCCGGAGCAACUGGUGGAUUCGGUGGUGCUGGAGGACCUGGUGGACCUGGAGGACCCGGUGGACCAGGAGGAUUUGGAGGUGUAGGCGGAGGAGCAGGAGCCGGUGGUGUCGGACCUGGCGGAAUCUCUGGAGGUGCUGGCGGUCCUGGCGGAUCAGGUGUAACAGUUGUAGAGUCAGUUACUGUUGGUGGAGCCGGAGGACCAGGAGCUGGUGGUGUCGGUCCAGGAGGUGUCGGAUCUGGAGGAGUUGGAUCGGGAGGUAUUUACGGACCAGAAGGAGCUGGAGGACUCUACGGCCCGGGUGCAGGUGGAGCCUUCGGAGCAGGAGAAGGAGCUGGUGCACCAGGAGGACCUGGAGGUCCAGGUGGACCAGGCGGCCCUGGAGGUCCAGGUGGAUUUGGCGGAGGAGCAGGAAUCGGCGGUGGUGUUGGACCAGGAGCUGGAGGUGCUGGACCGUCUGGAGGUGCUGGUGGAACAGGUCCGGUAUCUGUCUCUUCUACUGUAAGUGUCGGUGGUGCUGGCGGACCAGGCGCAGGUGGAGCAGGAGCUGGUGGUGUGGGAACUGGAGGAUUUGGAGGUCUAGGUGGAUUCGGUGGACCGGGCGGUCCUGGAGGACCAGGCGGCCCAGGAGGAGCAGGCGGAGGCGCCGGCGGCGCUGGCGGAUUGUACGGACCUGGAGGUGCUGGAGGAUUGUACGGACCUGGAGGUGCUGGAGGAUUGUACGGUCCUGGAGGAUUAUAUGGACCUGGAGGAGCUGGUGCACCUGGAGUUCCCGGUGCGCCAGGAGCUCCGGGUAGAGCAGGAGGUAUCGGAGGUAUAUCCGGAGCUGGUGUUGUCGGACCUGGUGGAGUCUCUGGAGGUGCUGGCGGAGGAGGUGUAUCAGUUACAGAAUCAGUUACUGUUGGUGGAGCCGGAGGAGCAGGAGCAGGAACUGGUGGAAUCGGUGGACCAUCAGGUCUGGGAGGAGCCGGAGCAACUGGUGGAUUCGGUGGUGCUGGAGGACCUGGUGGACCUGGAGGACCCGGUGGACCAGGAGGAUUUGGAGGUGUAGGCGGAGGAGCAGGAGCCGGUGGUGUCGGACCUGGCGGAAUCUCUGGAGGUGCUGGCGGUGCUGGCGGAUCAGGUGUAACAGUUGUAGAGUCAGUUACUGUUGGUGGAGCCGGAGGACCAGGAGCUGGUGGUGUCGGUCCAGGAGGUGUCGGAUCUGGAGGAGUUGGAUCGGGAGGUAUUUACGGACCAGAAGGAGCUGGAGGACUCUACGGCCCGGGUGCAGGUGGAGCCUUCGGAGCAGGAGGAGGAGCUGGUGCACCAGGAGGACCUGGAGGUCAGGGUGGAUUUGGCGGAGGAGCAGGAAUCGGCGGUGGUGUUGGACCAGGAGCUGGGGGUGCUGGACCGUCUGGAGGUGCUGGUGGAACAGGUCCGGUAUCUGUCUCUUCUACUGUAAGUGUCGGUGGUGCUGGCGGACCAGGCGCAGGUGGACCAGGAGCAGGUGGAGCAGGAGCUGGUGGUGUGGGAACUGGAGGAUUUGGAGGUUCAGGUGGAUUCGGUGGACCGGGCGGUCCUGGAGGACCAGGCGGCCCAGGAGGAGCAGGCGGAGGCGCCGGCGGCGCUGGCGGAUUGUACGGACCUGGAGGUGCUGGAGGAUUGUACGGUCCUGGAGGAUUAUACGGACCUGGAGGAGCUGGCGCACCUGGAGCUCCCGGAGCUCCGGGUAGAGCAGGAGGUAUCGGAGGUAUAUCCGGAGCUGGUGGUGUCGGACCUGGUGGAGUCUCUGGAGGUGCUGGCGGAGGAGGUGUAUCAGUUACAGAAUCAGUUACUGUUGGUGGAGCCGGAGGAGCAGGAGCAGGAGCUGGUGGAAUCGGUGGACCAUCAGGUCUGGGAGGAGCCGGAGCAACUGGUGGAUUCGGUGGUGCUGGAGGACCUGGUGGACCUGGAGGACCCGGUGGACCAGGAGGAUUUGGAGGUGUAGGCGGAGGAGCAGGAGCCGGUGGUGUCGGACCUGGCGGAAUCUCUGGAGGUGCUGGCGGUGCUGGCGGAUCAGGUGUAACAGUUGUAGAGUCAGUUACUGUUGGUGGAGCCGGAGGACCAGGAGCUGGUGGUGUCGGUCCAGGAGGUGUCGGAUCUGGAGGAGUUGGACCGGGAGGUAUUUACGGACCAGGAGGAGCUGGAGGACUCUACGGACCGGGUGCAGGUGGAGCCUUCGGAGCAGGAGGAGGAGCUGGUGCACCAGGAGGACCUGGAGGUCCAGGUGGACUAGGCGGCCCUGGAGGUCCAGGUGGAUUUGGCGGAGGAGCAGGAAUCGGCGGUGGUGUUGGACCAGGAGCUGGAGGUGCUGGACCGUCUGGAGGUGCUGGUGGAACAGGUCCGGUAUCUGUCUCUUCUACUGUAAGUGUCGGUGGUGCUGGCGGACCAGGCGCAGGUGGACCAGGAGCAGGUUGAGCAGGAG